ACCAAAUUGAGCUAGCCGCGCCGUGCGCAGUGUGAUCAUCCGGGUACUUCUGACUUCGCUACAUAACUCCAACCCAGGCUUCCGAUUAGUGGCUUUUAAAAGAUAUUUCUCCCGUUUCACUUGACUACACCGACCUAAAUAAAGAAGGCGACAUGGUGGUCAACACCAUCCACUGGUUCAGGAAGGGACUUCGGCUGCACGACAACCCGGCUCUGAGGGACUCGAUCCGAGGAGCGGACAGCCUGCGCUGCAUCUACAUCCUGGACCCUUGGUUCGCAGGCUCCUCUAAUGUGGGCAUCAACAGAUGGAGGUUUUUGCUGCAGUGUUUAGAAGAUCUAGAUGCCAGCCUUCGUAAACUCCACUCUCGCUUGUUUGUCAUCAGAGGCCAGCCUACCGAUGUCUUCCCUCGUCUUUUCAAGGAGUGGCAGAUCACACGUUUAUCUUAUGAAAAUGACUCUGAGCCGUUCGGUAAAGAGCGGGACGCCGCCAUCCAGAAGCUAGCCAGCGAGGCCGGUGUCGAGGUCAUGGUGCGGAUUUCACACACGCUCUAUGACCUGGACAGGAUCAUUGAGCUUAACGGCGGCCAGCCUCCGCUCACGUACAAGCGUUUCCAGGCUCUAAUCAACAGGCUGGAAGCUGUGGAGCUGCCCGCCGAAACCAUCACGUCUGAAACGAUUCAAACCUGCCGCACUCCCAUCAAGGAUGAUCACGAUGACAAGUUCGGGGUUCCUUCGCUAGAAGAGCUUGGUUUUGAGACAGCCGGUCUCACCACCGCAGUGUGGCCAGGUGGAGAAACAGAAGCCCUCAUGAGGCUUGAGCGACAUCUGGAGAGGAAGGCAUGGGUGGCAAACUUUGAGCAUCCACGUAUGAACGCCAACUCCCUGCUGGCCAGUCCCACCGGCCUCAGCCCUCAUCUACGCUUCGGGUGUCUCUCCUGCCGUCUUUUCUACUUUAAACUGACUGAUUUGUACAGAAAGGUGAAGAAGCACAGCACUCCGCCGCUGUCUCUGUACGGCCAGUUGUUAUGGAGGGAGUUUUUCUACACAACCGCCACGAACAACCCCUGCUUUGACAAGAUGGAGGGGAAUCCUGUGUGUGUCCAGAUCCCCUGGGACCGAAACCCAGAGGCGCUGGCCAAGUGGGCGGAGGGACGAACGGGUUACCCAUGGAUCGACGCCAUCAUGACCCAGCUGAGGCAGGAGGGUUGGAUCCAUCAUUUGGCUCGGCACGCUGUGGCCUGCUUCCUCACCAGAGGAGACCUCUGGAUCAGCUGGGAGGAAGGCAUGAAAGUGUUUGAGGAACUGUUACUUGACGCGGACUGGAGCGUUAACGCUGGCAGCUGGAUGUGGCUCUCAUGCAGCUCGUUCUUCCAGCAGUUUUUCCACUGCUACUGCCCCGUGGGGUUUGGUCGACGCACAGACCCCAGUGGUGACUACAUCAGACGCUAUUUACCAGCACUGAGGGGUUUCCCUGCCAAAUACAUCUAUGAUCCUUGGAAUGCCCCUGAGGAGGUGCAGAAGGCAGCCAGGUGCAUCGUAGGGACCCACUACCCCCGACCCAUGGUGAACCACGCCGAGGCCAGCCGCAUCAACAUAGAGAGGAUGAAGCAGAUUUACCAGCAGCUUUCCUGCUACAGAGGACUCUGGCUGCUGGCAACAGUACCAGUAAAUGCCACCAAUGCUGGAAGAGUGGACACGGGGACGGGUCAAGGUCCUGGACGGUCCUCUGAAGAUGCGACUGGGGAGGAGGGAACAUCUCAAACAGAAAGAAGACAGUCGACGCAGAAACGACGCCAUGGAGACACCGAACCUGAACGCAGCUCUAAACCCUGGAAGCAGAGCAAAUAGAAAGUGGGUUUGUGUCACAUCCGUUAAUAACCGUCAGCCUGCUGAGAAGAAAAAAGUGUUGGAUCGAUAGUUUUUGUGGUGAAAAUAAUUAUGAGUAAAAAAAGAAAAGCUCUGAAACAUUUUUACUACCAAAACUCAGCAGCAGCUAAUAUCUGUUGCGCAGAUAAAGCGUGACAGAUUAAUCGACGAGGUCGUCGGGAGAGACGUCAGUUUGCGUAACAAGUCUACAACCUUGUCUGUCAUCUGUUUAGAUGUGAGAUAAGGAACUUCUAAGAGCUGUAAGAUCUCAGAGAGGAUAAAGAGACGCUUUGUUUGAGUCUUUUCUGUUUGUGUCGUGAGCAGCAGCUUGUUGUCUUCCACUGCAGUGUCUAGUUUUAUUAAUAAUGUCUUAAAAAUCCAACAUCAGUCAUUUAGCUCUGGUUUUGGUAAACAGAAUCAGAUAAUACUGUCCUUCAGCUUCUGAGUGGUGAACAGGGACACGUGUCCCCCUUUGGAUGAUCCACUUGGGUCAAAUGUCAUUUUUAUACAAACUAUAUGAAGUUUUGAAUGUGCAUACCUUUUUUUUAAAAAGCUUUCACAAGGGUUGAUAAAUCAGGCCGUCCAAAGUGUUGUGAAUACUUUAGAUUUUAAACUUUUGUAUAUCUGGUUUUGUGAUUAUUCCCUUUUUUUGUAAAUAUUACUGAAACACAAAAAUUCUAAUAUAUGUCCUUUUUCUCUCCCUCUUGAACGUAAAUCUAUUUUAUAUGAAGAGCGAUCACGUUUGUUUGUAUAAUAUGGCAAUAAAAGUCAAAUGAUUCACA